AUGCGAUUCGCUUCUUGCGACUAAAUGUUCCCCGACAAAGAAACCAAGUCGAUCCUAUCUGAUGCGGGCAAUUCAUUAACCAACCAUGGUUAGAUAUCUUUCAAUCAUGUCCGUUUCGGUAAAGCAGUUUCGAGUCCAGCUAAGUGGAAGGAAUCAUUUUUGUGUGUGCUGCCGGUCACCCAGACCUGUGGGUUAACUACUAACACAAGCAACACCACACAACGUCCGGAGCAUCAGAGCGGACCCAAGAGCUACUUCUCCCCGUUUCGCAAACGAACACAUAAAGAGUUACCCGCCCAACGACCCGUAAUAGAGAGAGUUUCAAACAUCUCGGUGCAGUCGUGUCAAAUAUGUCCUGAUGCGACAUAAAAAAUUGUUGAAGUAUCAAUGUAGUUCCGCUAGAUACGAUGGCAGAUGCGACACCGUCGUUAACUGUGUAUGCCUUUCUCUAUUUACAUCAGAAAGAUAAACACAGAAAUGGAGCCCUGUGAGCUGGUUCAGUGAGUUAAGUGUACAUCAUCAAUUGCAAAAAACACCUUAGCUCACCCGUCUUAUUUUUUUUGUUUGAUUCGAUUAUUGGCUGUGUAUUGUCGACAAAUGGAUACUGGCAAUUAGUUAGUAAACUGCAGGUUGGAAAGACUGGGAAGAAAGAAGGAACUAAAAUCCUUCCUCAAUGAUAGGCCGAAAAUGAUAUCAAACCAGCAUCAUAGCCACUAAAUAGUGUGAUAGACUGUUUGGACAACAGUACCAUAUUAUUCUAAAAUGUUUCCGUGCCGCUGCGAUACAUAUCUAUUAUAUAAUACGAGUGACCUCUGGGUGGUUUCUUCGACUUAAUGUACAACAGCAAAAUAGAAAAAAAUUGACGUUUCUUUCUGGUUUAAUCGGAACGAAUGGCUUGUGCUCAAUAGCAAUAAUCUUCAUAGUUUCCGUGACACUUGCAGCGACUGCUGCUUCCAAUGGACAGAGUUACAAAUGAGUGUCAAAUGUGAUCUGGGGUAUACAAAAGCUCGACAUGCUUUCGACGCAGUAAUAGCUCCUAGUGUAGUGUACUUCAACUGGCUGUGAAGGCUAUCGAAAGGAUCGAGUAGUAGUUAGCCUAGUAGAAUAGAAUGAUAGAGAAGAAAUGACGAACUAUAAAAUUACUACACUGUCAAACUAAUAGUGAUUUAAUUAAAGUGCCAUUAGGGGAUUACUGAAAAGAAACCAUCAUUUCUACUCGAAAGCUGUGUUUUAUCAGUCGUAAAAACAAUAAUAAUAACUUAUAAUUGGAUCGGUAAAAGAGGAGAAUGUAUGAUACCAACCUAACAGAGAUAAUCAGCUCUAACCCAGAUUGUGUCAAAGCCUGCUCCGCUUUGUAUCUUUUGCUCUCAUUUUUCGUCAAGUAUUCUAUUUGGCGUGUUUUUCGGCGCCUGGCGAUUUUGUUUCCCUAAAUAGGAUCCGUGUGGUGUUUACGACGUGUCAUUUUUGUUCGUCAACAUACACAAGGCGAUACCUUGUCACUAGAAACAUAGUGUAUAGAAAUUACCUUAUCAAUUCUGUCUUGAAAAGCAUAUAUUAAAAGCUUAUAAGCAUAUUACGAAAGUUAGAUGUUACAAAUGGCAAAAAAGUUAAGGGAUUCCCAUAUACGUCAGCCGAAAUUGAUAUGUUGGCUGCGUUUAGUAAAAACGGAUAGAAAAGUUACUGUGAAUGAUGUCUGUUGCUAACGCAAUUAUGAGACAGACAAAUCGAAUAUACGAACUUGCAAUAGAAAGGUGAUGUAAUCGCCUGUUUAUGUAUCAGCACAGCUGGUAUUGGUGGCGUCGACUAGUGGAAUUAAAUGGGUAGCUAAUUAUCUAUACGCUAAUAGCUUAACUCGAUGGUUACAUGACGACGAGACGUGCUUAAAUACAAUUACCUAUUUAGAGCGAUUUUACAGUUGGGACGUAGUUCCUCUAUGGUACGCUCACAAGCGUACCAUAGAGGAACUCUAUGGAGCUCUUGUUAUUCUUGAAAAUCGACUCCUUUUCGUGUGAAAAAUGCCAAGUAUAAUUCGCAUAUUGUUAGUGAAGUAAUAAGCAAAUAGCCUUGCAAAGCUACGAUGACGACGUGAACAUUAGCUCCCGAAUGACAAUAAACCGACAUUUAAUAUAUCGAAUAAAAAAUAAAACGUCACAUAAACGCUACGUCCAAUAAGUUAUCAAAUUGUUAAAACCUUGUUACUUGAGACUAUAAACUUGAAUUUAAUUAAACUCUUUUGAUUUUUUUGCUAGUUUGGUAAAUUGUGGUAAAGUCGAUUUACUACUGUCCUGGAUUGAACUCUAGAAAAGUGUAAAAAUUCGCCUAUCGAAUUUAGCUUGCUUAAGCUGGUUCUAAGGCACUUUGACCGCAUGACGGCGUUUGAAUAAGCUUAGCUUAACGAAAAAUUAUUUAAUCAAUAUAGGACCAUUCACAUAUUUAAUGACUGAAUGAUUACGAGACCUGAGCAUGCGCAUUUCAGGGCUUUCAUAAUUGUGGAGCUUAAAAGCUUGAAGUUAUGAUUGUAUAUUCUAGGAGAAUCGACCAAAAGUAAUAUAACCAUAUCCCUUGCCGUUCAGAUAGAAACAGUCAGAUCAACAAAUAUUUUUGCAUACUGUGCCAGAUGGCCUCUACCUCAACUUAGUAUUGGCACACCUCCAAGCAGGGAAGGUGAUCGUUGACCUUAUUACGCGAGCUGUAUAUUUAUCAUACAAUCUCGUUACUCGACGUCAUCAUUCGGCAUUACAUAUGUCAAAUACAAGUCGCUUUAUGACGAGACUUUCGCUAAAAAGAAACUGUUUCAUUCAUUCAGGAUGGUAACGUAUAUUAUAUAAAACCGUUUGCUUUGCUACACUACUUUUUUCGUUAAGAUUGAGCAGAUACUUUCAGGGGGUAGAUGCAUAACUAUUUGUGUUAAAAGCGUUUAAUUUUCCGAACACCUCUCCUGACGAGGCCUGCUAUACGGUCUGAUUAAUGCUAAAAGUUUUAACGAGCAAUCUAACAUGCAAGUCAUUACUAAACUAACAUCUUAAGUAGGAUUUACAAAUGUACACGGUCUUGCGUUUGGUCGUUGUUGCUUUCAAGUGUUAGACCUUUUACAACAGAUUGUCGACGUAGCCGACUUCUUAUUACCCCUCUUCUUUAGAAUACAUUCGAUGGUCAGGAAGCCGCAGGAAACAGCAACUUGAACUUCCACUUGUAAUAAAAACCAUUUAAAAAAAUACCAUGAGCUUUAAUAGAAAUGAUGUGCACAGUAUAUAUGUCUUAAGUUGAUAUAAAAGUAAUGACCAUUUUUUAAACUAAUUAAAAAACAGUCUCUUGCCCAAACGUUAGCAAUAAAUUAUCUAGUUCUAUCGCUCAAUAAUUUUUAUUUAGAAAUUAACUUAUCAUAUGUCUGGUAUCGAAGAACCUGUUCAACUGAUUUUUGAGAUUUUUUUCCUUUACAUGUUAAAUGCACCAUUCUGAAUUUUAUUUGUAAGUGCUCGAAAAAGGUGGUCAUCCUUUAGCGUUACGUAUCGGAAUGUGGUGAACGAAAAACCUAGCACUCAGGCUCUAUAAAUAAUCCGAGUUCCUUCGAUAGGUUCUUUGAUGUCGAAGCAAAGUUUAAAACUGCGCUUACUUUUUGCUUGUAACAUUCAUCCUAAAACGCUAUUUCAAAAUGAGAUUUCGUUCAUCAUAAAACAAAACAAUAAUUAAUUAAUAGUGCCGAAAACGUGUAUAAACAGCGGAGAAAAUGCGAUUAGAUAUGUGCAAAAGCUAUUCUGCACCAAUCUAAUCGAAAUCAUUCAUGAACCUGAGUUCGAAAGACUAUGAAAAAAAAAAACAUUCUGACGUCUCUUCGUCCAAGGUGCAUACAACUGGGAAAAAAUGUAAUCCGUGCUAUUGUCUAAAAUACCUUUCAUACGGAAAAUUUUUGUGGCAUAAACCUGUCAUUGUUUCAAGACAAUGACACAAACUCCAUAUUCGGCAGGGUUUAUACAAAUGUAAAUAUGUGUGUCUGUUGUUUGUGACCAGGUCAAACCUCAUCGAUGUUUAUACAGCAGUUGGCUUAUUAUUUCGAGAAUUUUUUCCCUGGAGAAUUGCAUACAACAGACACGAGCCGGCAUGGCGCUGCCGGCUGCGCGGCACAGAUUUUGGGCAGCCUGAUUUGGGAAUCGUUUGCAUAAGGCAUGCGGCGUGAAAUCGGUGAGGGCAGCUGUGCUGAAUGAGGCACGGUCCGACAGUCAUACAACGAGCGCUAGCAGCUACCCCGCCAGUUUUUUUUUUACCAAAAUCUAUCGUAGCGGUAACCUCGAAAGCGACUCGGAUCCCGAUCGGUUACAAUGGCUAGCACUCAGAUGAGGAUUGUCUACCCGCCGGGCGUUAAAGAUAUCUAUGCCGAGCUUCCGGAAGAUGACUUGGCAAGGAGACUGAAGGAGUGCGCUCAAGCCUUCCAGAACCUGAAUCAAGAAGACGACAACUCGCGGUACUCUGAACUGGCACUGCAUCUUGCUUCCGAGUUCUUCCUUGAACAUCAUUCCAGAGAUGUACGGUUGCUCGUUGCCUGUUGCAUUGCCGAUGUCUUCAGGGUUUUUGCACCCGAGGCUCCUUAUAAGGACCCGGAACAGCUGCGGGCCAUCUUUGAAUUUUUCAUUCAACAACUCCAAGGUCUUAAGGAUCCGAAGAAUCCAACAUUUAAACGUUACUUCUAUUUAUUGGAGAACCUCGCUUGGGUGAAAACGUUUAAUAUUUGUCUUGAUCUCGAAUGCAAUCAGACCAUUAUCUGUAACCUCUACACACUCAUCCUUGGCAUCGUCAACGAUUACCACAGCGCAAAGGUUCGCUCGUUCAUGGUGGAAAUGUUAUGCCCACUGAUCAACGAGGCUGACGGAGUUUCGCAGAAGCUGCUUGACACACUGCUUGCCUACAUUGUUCCACCCAAAAAGUCGUCUCAUAAGGUAGCAUCGCAACUGUCACGUGAAAUUCUUAAGAAAACAUCAUCGGCCCUCGAACAGCACCUGCAUCUGUUCUUUAACAACUAUUUAGUCCUGGGCAAAACUGGUGGUUCAACUCUCAUUCCGUCGAUGUAUGACAUUAUCUACGAGCUGUCACAUAUCCUACCGCAGGCCAUGGCAGGAGUUCUACCUCAGCUCGAAAUGAAACUCAAGUGCAAAGAGAAUAAUGAGAGACUAGAGGUUACCAAGCUGGUCGCGCGAAUGUUCUCGGAAAAAAAUUCGGAAUUAGCCGGCCAGUACCCCGCUUUGUGGAACGCUCUUGUCGGCCGUUUUAAUGAUAUCAAACUGCAGGUUCGAAUGCGGUGCGUCCAGUAUUCAAUGCACUUCUUAUUAAAUCAGCCAUCUUUGAGAAAUGAUAUCACGCAGGCGCUGAAAACGAGACAGCAUGAUCCCAACGAAAGUGUCAGAUUUGAGGUCGUGAUGGCGAUUGUCGAGGCAGCGAAAAAGAACUUCGAGUCUGUCAGUAUUGAGCUUCUCAACAUCGUCAAAGAACGCACCCUCGAUAAAAACUUCAAAGUUCGACGGGAGGCGCUGUUAGGUUUGGCGCACAUCUAUAAGAACCUCACAUGCGGCUCGCAUGAGACAGAAGACCCCAAUAUCGUUGCAUGUGUGGCCUGGAUCAAAGACAAGGUGCUGCACGUAUAUUAUCAGAGUGAGCUGGAAGACCGGCUGAUUGUUGAACGCAUCCUACACACUUGCCUUGUUCCCUACCAGUUAUCAUAUGAUCUUCGAACGUUUAAACUGUACCAGCUAUUUGUAACGUGUGAUGAACAUGCGGUAAAGGCACUCAUCGAAAUUCUGAAAUGCCAAUGUGCCAUUCGGCAACAAAUCAAACAGGUUGUUCACCUGUUGGGUUCCGGACCCAUGGACUCGGAGAAGCAAGAAGAAUUAAUGAAACGGGUUCAGCACAUGUCGAGGAAUCUACCUGAACCAGUUCGAGCACAAGAGUACCUGGUAAGAUUCACAGACCUUCUCCGGGUGAACCCUGCUAUAUAUCAGCAUAUGGUUCUGAUUCUUGAUGGCGGGGCAAGUUGUGCCGAAGCGGAAAAAAGUGUGAAAGAGGUUCUUAAGUCACUCGGCCUGCCCGUACAGACCAACUCGUUCUUUGUUACGAUCAAACAAAUGCUGGAACGGGUGGCGCCAGUUGUCGUUGAUUCUGCAGGAAUUAAACAAAUUUUAGGAUACGUCCAGGAUUCGUUGCAAGGGACGGGUGAAAUAGACAUCCAGUGCAACGUGCCACAAUCCGCGUAUCGUGGCUUGGAGUUACUCCACACUUUGAGUGGAGUGUUUCCAAACGCGUUUAUGAAUGAGGAAAUCUUCGAGACGAUCUAUCAUUUUCUUGGGUUCGACUGUUCUAGGACACAGGUACAAGUACUGCUGGUCUUGUCGAAUGUGGGAAAAGAUCUGGAGACGCAUUUCCCUAACAUUGCACAGCGCCUCCAGCCCGUUGUGCAGAAUUUCGUUGAAAACGGCACUCCAAAACAAGCGAAAUACGCCGUGCAAUGCCUCUACAACAUGGUGUUUCACAAGGAGCGUGUUCUAGGUGUGGUAAUUGACCAUUUGAAACAGCACCUUACCUUGGCAUCGGCCAAUUUCGAAACGGCCCUUGUAUCCCUUGGGCAUAUUGCGUUACUCCUACCUGAGACGUUCUACCAGCAAAUGAAGAGUGUCGUCUCCAAAGUUGUUGUAAAGGAACUCUUGAUGUUGGAUCAAGAGGAAGCACGCAUGAGUGAACUUCAAUGGUGCGAAUAUGAAGCGCUGCCGCACGAGACACGAUGUAAACUAGCUGGCAUAAAGAUGAUAGGACGGUGGCUUGUCGGCCUGUCCAACAUGCAUCAGGCACAACAGCAGGGCAAUUCGCAGUUGCCGGAGCAGGAAACAGAGGUAGAGCAAAGUACUCAAGCUUUGACGGCCAACGCAGCGAGUACAUUGCGCCUUUUGAUUACAAUGUUAAAAAAUCAGGGCGACCUGAUGGAACGAGAGCACGUGAGCGACUGCGAGAAAAGUUAUCUCCGUCUAUGGGCCGCUGCGGCAAUUCUAAAGGUGUGCUCGUGUACGGUAUAUGCGGAUGUUAUCACGCAACCGCAAUUCCAGCGACUUGUAGGGGUCAUAACAGAUCCGGUGGACGAAGUCCGUGAACGUUUCAGUGCGAAACUCCAUAAACGCCUGAUGAGUUUGCAGCUGCCUUUACAAUUUAUGGCUCUGCUCUCCUAUGGAGGCAUCGAACAACGUCGACCACUCAAGGCGAAGAUGCGACACUAUCUUCUUGCAAACAUCCAGCGGCGACGGGAGUAUCUCAAGGCAAAUCCAAUUGCGGCUUCACCAAAGUUGUUGACCGUUCUGCCAGAUUACGUCGUAGUGUAUGUCAUCCACUUGAUGGCACAUGAUCCACUGUACGAGGAACCGGCUGAUGUGGAAGCGCUUAACCGUAUCAAGGAAUGCCUCUGGUUUCAGCUUGAGCCGCACUGCUCAAAAAAUGACAAUUACUCAUUUUCUUACUUUAAGAAACUGCUUGAAGGCAUCAAACGUUCGAAGGAUCGGCAAAAUCCAACAAAUGAAGCAGCAAAUCAUCGCCUUUAUGCUGUCUGCGACCUUACGCUAGCUCUCAUAAUGAGUAAGACUGCAAACUUUGGCCUUCGAGAAGUGCCUCAGGAAGCUAGACUGCCAGCAAAACUCUUUGUAUUACCAGAUAAGAGUACUCCAUACAAUACCAAAUACUACCUUCCUCCUGAGCUCGGUUUUGCUCCUCCGAGGAAAAUUCAAGACACAUCGAAUCGAAUGGUAGCAACAUCCGCAGUCACUGCUAGUGGGGUUGGAAGCAAAAAGGAUACGCAGCAGCAUCAACAGCAGCAACAGGCGACAGCUGUUGCGACACGAGCGGCUGUAGCCGCAGCCACCACAGUUACACAACAACAGAGUGGAAGUGGAGUCGGACUUGAAGCCACGUUGGAUGGAAAUCAAGUGAACAUCAUCGGCCAACAGCCGGGCGGCACUCUAAUGCAACUUCAGCAAGUGACUGUACCGACAGAAGUAGCUCUACAAAGCAUGGCCCAGGGUCAGGUGGCAACCAUCCAAAUGCAAACCUCCCAGUCGACUCCUACUGGCGGAACCAAGCGAUCAUUGGACGCCAGCUCGAUGGUGCCACUUCAACAGAUGCAAGGCUCGGCGAGUAUUCUCAUCACCACCGAUGGAAGCCAUCAGCAGAUCGCGCAGGUGGAACAGCAGCAACAACUCCAUCAUCAUCUUCAAGUAACGACGAUUCAGGUUGAUCAGCAACAAGCUAGCGGAAACAUGCACCUUCUUACGCCGGACGGCGCUUCGUCCGUGAAGCGAUUAUGCGUUGAAGCGACCACCGGUGGGAUCUCCCAAAUACAGCCAUCUGUACAGGACAAUAAUUCUGCCAAUCAGAUCGAUCAGUCGCAUCAGGUAGGGAAACGAAUGACCCGAUCAUCCCACGUCCAGUGAAAUAUGUUGAUCGGAUUUGAUGCAGGAAGCACGGCGCAACGAUCUUUGCGGCAUACCAGUGACUCUUGGUGACGUCAGCCAUGCUUUGGAGAUGGCAACCCCUCGUUCGAUCAUAUCAACAAUGUGCGAUCACCUCUAAUCAUUCUAACUUCAUGCGCCGCCAACUGUACGAUCUAAUUCAAUUUUCCUGAGACAGCUGACAAUGUCGUCUGCUAGAGUAUGAAUAGCUUUGACGUCGAAUAUCAAUAGUCUCAGUCAAACGGUUGAGGUGGCAGUGGUAAAGCUACGGAUAACGCGUAGCGAGCGAUACGUACGAAACACGAACAUCACAGCACAAAAUGAUACCAGAAAAAGGGCUGCUCACAGCCAGAUUUGGACAGCCAAGUAACUCGGCCGCAAAAGGAGUGGACGCGCAAGCGCGAUGUUAUGACGACGCGGUGUAUCUAGGCGAAUUUCGCAAAUCACUAUUAUCGAGGCUGACCUGUUCUACCCCAUCCUAUCAAACAAUGGGUAGGAACGAUGAUAAUAUUUCUGCUGCUUAUUUCAAUACAUUGUGUUUCUUCAUCCACAAAAAGAGCAUAAUAGGGAAGAUGUUCUGCUGAUAUAAAAAGGCCGCAACAUUUUUUUUUUAAUAACAUUGAGUAAUGACACAUCUUCAAUAACACAUACAAACCAACCAACAAAGAAACAAGCAAACACACACAAAUAGUCAUCGAUUCCGAAAUUGACACUUAAAUAGCUAGUAUCGGUAUAAAGUAGUAACACUGUGUUUGUUUUUGAAAUAUAAAAAAUUCGAUUUUUUCGGAUGCUAUUCGAGCAGAUGAGGAGAACUAUUAGGUUCCCAUAGCUUGACUGAGCAAUGGACUCUACCACUGAGAACAAUCUGAAAGGUUACGAGUUAAAACAGCCUGACAGUGAUACCGAUCGUAUUCUGACAACACCCGCAGCAAAGCAGAUAAGCUAACGUAGCUCAGGAAUUGUCGGUAAAUGAUUCUGCUUUUUGUAAAAAGACAUCGGAUAGAGGUGGUUCAUAAGUCACAGUAUAUGAAUGUCCUGCCAACCGGAUGUGCUACCAGAGCGAACGAGUAACGUAGGUAUGCCUCUAAUAGAUGAAACGUGGUGGUUUCGCAUGGCACUUCGACCAGCCAUUUAAAUGUGGCUGCGAUGAGUGUUAUACGCUGUAUGUCUGAGUGAACUGGACUGGAGUUAGAGCCGACUGAAAACAACAGCGGCGUCUGCACCUAAUAAUGUUAAUGAAGCGAUUGUUGUGUCGAAACCAAUCGGAAGGAUGGGCGGGUGGUUAAAUGCCAAAUAUUCUAUAUACGUCAUUACCACUUUAUGAUGCUUUUUCUUUUUACGGGUCGUGUGCUCUUACCAUCUUAGGGCGCUUGACGACAGCGCCACUAAGUUUCAACAAAAAUUGACCCCGUUAAAAGAUGAUGACAUCCUCUCUAUAUAUAUAAUAAUCCCGAGCAAAUACGAUUUAUAAGCAGACAGGUAAGGUUGCUACGAGGUUUAGGUACUAGAGAGUAAUAGAUACCCAAAGUAUGACGUCAGAUGUCAAAUACGCCACUGGUCAAAACAGUGCAGGUAAGUUAAAGACUACUUGUGCAGCAAACGGUUGGUGGAAACGCGUUGAUGACUGAGUGAGUGAAUUAAUUGCCCUAACGGUACGCAUCGAUUGCAUAUGGAUGUCGCUAGCAGCGUGUUCAGGGAGUGAGUGAUGCUUGAACGCUCAAAGCUCGCGUUCUCAUGUGAAUCACCGUUCUGCUGGUGAGCAUUACUGUAUUAUUGACUAUUCAGCGGAGAUAAUUGAUUCUCGACUGAUAGAAAGGCGAACUCUUUGAGGCGUUGUGAGCAAUCUAUUUAAUAUUACUGACACACACACACCCCCACACACAUAGAUACAUACACAGAGCGACAUGGACCGGCCAAGACUCUUCUAUAUUCAUUCAACCGUACCGAGGAUCGUUCAGACGCAAGAGCGCACGCAAAAGCAGAAACACAUCUCAAUUUGCGAUGAAGAUUCCUUACUACAUAGAGUAGACGUAGACAAGAUGGCGGCUGUCCUUCUAUCUCGAGUUUUGAAAGUAGGCAAGGCCGUUACAAUUGCUUAACUGCAAGUUUCCAUGGUAGAGAAACUUCGCGAGCAAGAAAAUAUCACACUGAAACGAUUGCAUUGUAGAUUUUCAUCACCAGAAUUAUUUUGACCCGGCCAGUGACGCUGUUUAGCAGAACGGAUCGGCAGAUACAUUGCGAAGGCGAGAUUAAUGGCCCAAUUUAUACAUUCGAUGUCAUUUAAUAAGAAGUCCGCAUACAAUGGUCAUUUGUAGCAUUAAUGGAACGAUUUGAUUUGAUACGUGACUUGAACCUGAUUCAAAUUCAGCAAGUAAAACCAACCCACGGCUAAAGCAUUGUGCGUUUUUCAUUAAGUCACUAUAAUUCAUUCGCUAUAUUAUUUUACUAAAUUGUUUAUUAUACUGCAUAUGAAAAAAUGUAAAGGACAGAAUUCUUAGCGAAACAAUUCUAGCGACAUCACAUUUAGCACAUCUUUCUAAAAAAAAAAAAGCUAUUUGUUUUUCUUUUAUGAGUUGGCGUUAACGUGUUCAUGUAUGCUCAUCAACCCAAUCAUCAUUACCAAUAGAAAAAUACGAUCGUAUACAUUAGUAGACCAACGAAGCUAGAGCAUAGUUACCGGCGAUAGCUGCUUUUCCGACGACAUUCACACACCGAUACCCACAUCUAUGUGUGGAACUCCUAUAACUAUACUAACCAGCUAAUGACUAAUUCAUCUGAUUAGACAAUGGAAUGAAUUAUAUUUCAUGAAACGAAUUUAGCCGUCAAUCAACGAUGUAAUGUAACGAACAGAGCAAAUAUUGCGCGAGUGACAUAGGGAUGAAUGCAGAAAAAAAAAAAAAUAUUUUCAAUCACCGAGCUAUUUUAGCACAAAGAAGACAAAGGCAUUUGUUUGCGACAAGUUCUGUAGUGAGAAUGAAAGGUUGAAUUAUUAGAAAACCAGAACGUUUGAUAGUAGAUACUAGUUGAAUAUAAAUGCGCAUAAUGAAAGGAAAAUAAUAUCGCAAAAGUAAAUAUUGCCCUUGAAAACUAAAAAAAACGAUUCUCAAGCAAAUGGAUAUAGCAUCGAACUGAAAUGGAGGCGAUUGUGAAUCCAGAAAGUGGAAUGGCUGUGUAUGAUCGCGGCAGUAAUAAUAAACAUAUACAAACUAUUAACUGCAUGACCAGUGCGAUAUUGCCCUUGAUAACAGUGAACAGACACAACAGUAUCAAUGCGAAGGUGGAAAAAUCGACAGAUCGUCGAUGCACAGUGGCCGCGGAUAGAGAUUAACGAUCGACAUGAUUAAUGCGCGGUAACGACGAUGGUAAUAACAAUGUGAACCACGCAAACGAAAAUAUGGGUACGAAAUGAAAGAUAGAAGGUGGUAAAGAAAAAGAAACGAAAGGCGAUAAUAUGAGUAGAAAUAUUAAUUAUAUUAGUAGUAUGUAUUUCUAUUUAUUUUUAUUAUUAUUUGAUUUUUUUUUUCUGAAAUAUUAAUAGUGAAUGGACAUUCGUGAGAAAAUGUGGAACGAAAUCACUAAAUUAUAAUAAAGUGCGAGUACAGGUUGAGCAGAGUUUAAAGGCAAGCAACUACUGCAGUACCAAUAAAGCAACCACAGCAAAAACAACUUCGUGUGAUAUCGUGGACUGAAGUUCGUGCUAUCACCAAGCAGCAGCUCUCAACAGCGAUGGCAUGCAGUUCCAUUAACAAUAUUGACGAAGCGAGAGAGAUCCGACGCUAGGAACUCGAAUUGCCGCGAAAGAUUAGACUACGGUGUGUUCGAUAACUGUCGAGCCAGGAAAAUGUAGAGAAAGAAAAAUGUGCGAAAACGAUGCAAAUCUGAUGGAUGGCAAAGGUAAAAGCAGACGAUUAUGAUUGUAAAUAGACAUUAUAUAAAGAGAAAGACAGAGAGAAAGAGACGGUGUUGUCUGUACUGCUAUGGACACAUAAGUUGACGUGUCGUUUUUCCCUUUGUAUCGUAUAGUUGUAUUGCGAUUCGGCUAGUUCAUUAUUCUAGAAUUUCAUUGCAUAACUAUAAACGAAUAAUGCAAAAAAGGUCGACUAGCUUGUUUAACUACUAUGCCAGAAGUUCGAAGCUUUUGUCAUCACAAAAAUCAUUUGAUUAUUCCUCGCACCUGGCUUAAAAUUCCAUUUGGGUCAUUGGGGAUGAGCCGUUUCUGUCGUUACAAAAUCAACUUUGUACAAAUCCUCUUAAAUAUUAGGUAAGGAUGGCCUUUGAUGCGCUUAUACCAACGCCCUCUCAAAUUGAUGUCAAGUAAUAUUAAAGAAAGCUUCAAUAGACGAAUAUAUGUCUGUUAAAUUUUUAGUGUGCUAUUCUAUGGAGAGACUGAAUUCAAUGCAUAGUCAUAUUGUUUCGGCGAUUAGGAACCACGUAGUUAUACAUUCUUAUUUUUCAGAUGAAAGAGACACUGUCUGCUUUCUUUGAUAUGGAGAAUCUUUCGGAGUUUUUUUACCAAUUUUUUUUUUAACGAAAAUGUCAAUGGUGGGUAUCCAAACAGAGCAGUUUUGUUCUCAAAAGUCGCGCCAAUCAGUUUCUUUGAAAUGCCGCCAGGAUUCUUGUAUUUUUUUAACGUAUUUAUUCAUUCACAGCAGAUGCGCAUGAUGGUGUAGUAGAUAGGUGUUUGCCUGCUGAAUAUGUAGGAACCGUGAUGAUUUAUAUUUUAGGCCGGGCGCAGACACAUUACGUUUCUCGUUUAAACUCGAAACACUUAAUCGAUUGACACAAAAACUAUCAAGAAAUACUUAUUAAUAAUAAUGAGUUCAUGAUAUUAGUUGAAAUGUCAAUAGAUAGCUGAUGAUAUUGAAGGUUCACAUGAAUAAUAGAAAAAACGAUAAUAAAGAGGAGAUUUAGACGACCGGUUCUUAUUCAUCAUCAAAACACGCUUAAGAACUUUACUGCGUAUUUUGAGAAAUUAAGUAAAAUCAUGUAUUUAAAGGAAGGAGAAAUCUUCAAAAUCAUUCUUUUAUCUAAAGAGAUGACUCAGAUUUCAUCAGAUUUCAACCAUAAAAACCCAUAAAAAACUUUAUUCCCAAACCCAACUCGAGGUCUUGUACGAGGCGCGAAUCUGUCGUAAAGGCCUUACCUAGCAAAAAAGCUCAUUCAUAUACUAACAUAUUGACUUAGGAUCAUCCAGUCUUUCCUUUUAAGUCCACUCAUUCUCCCGUUGAGACGUUUUUAAAAUUCUCCUACCCUAUUGAAUUUGUUUUCUAAUUACAAUAAAUCCGUCAUAAAGACUAUUGACAUAUUUCAUUAAUUUCUUCUUAGCAAAAUUCCUAUUCACAACAGAAAAUUUGUGACAUUUCUUUCGAGACUAAGUUUCUUACUCUGUGAGGCUUGAAAAACAGAUAAAAUAUUAACCUACAAGAAGGUCAGAUUCACUCUACUGGGUUAUUCGAAGCCGACAAUUCACACAAACCGACACACCUUUAGCACUGCGGAAAUAGAUCGUAAUUCAUGUUUAUGCACUUCUCUGAUGCUUUUUUGAACCUAAAUCUAGGGAAAAUCACGUUACUCGAGCGGAAAAUGCAAUGUACCGAUAUAUAUACAUAAGGUAAAUAAAUAAACGAUAUAAAAAUACAUAAUUUUCUUAAUUAAAAAAAAAUACUUUAUUCUUGACUUCCACAGAUUGGUAAACGACAUUACAUCCCUCACGAAUUUGGUUUACCUUAGUGAGAAUUAAAAUAUCCCAAUGUUUCGAUUCUUCUGGAUUGAUAAGAAGUUUUGGCGUAAACAUUUUAGCUUACCUGUAAUAGCACUGCAAACGUCUCCAUUACAUCCGCCUACCGCAACCUCUAGGUCUGUAAUCACA